AUUCACAGGAUGAAGGAGAGGAACUGAGCUGCUCAACCCCUGAUUGAGAUUUCUCCAUUUAAAAUCGAAAGUCAACAAGCAUGUCCAAAGCAGGAGAGAGGACGUCUUCGACAACGUCUGCCGACUCGACCUCAUCAGACAGCAAAAAUGGCGCCAAUAAAUCUGGCUCGGCGACAACCUCUCCGUCAGGCUCCGUUUCUGAAACGCCAAAGAAAUCCUCGAAGAAGUCCAAGAAAAACACAGAGAGCAUGAACAAGGUCUACACCUCGGUGCUGCAAAGUGUCUUUGGAGCCGAAAGAGAAUUGGCUCAGGCUGAAAUUGACGAGCUGCAGGAAGCCUUUAAAGAGUUUGACUACGACCAGGACGGCUACCUGAACUACAAAGAUGUGGCUGAAUGCAUGAGAACCAUGGGAUACAUGCCCACCGAGAUGGAGCUGCUGGAGAUCGUCCAACAGAUCAAGAUGAGAAUGGGUGGAUUGAUGGACUUUGAGGACUUCAUAGAGCUGAUGGGACCCCGGAUGAUGGGGGAGACCACCAACAUGCUGGGACUCAAAGAGCUCCAAUCAGCCUUUUUACAAUUUGAUUUGGACGGCGAUGGAAAGAUCAACCAAGACGAGAUGAAGGAGGCGUUGAAGACGUUACUGGGGGAGAAGCUGAAGAAAGGCGAGCUGGAGGAGAUCCUGAAGGAGCUGGACAUUAACGCAGACGGCAACAUCGACUUCGAGGAGUUUGUGAUGAUGCUCUCCAUUCACUGAGCCCUGGAAACAACAGCUGCACGGACAAAUCGAUACUUUACCCGACACCU